AUGACUAUUGGAACAGAAUUAUUAAUUACGGCAGAACCUCAUUUGAUCCCAGGAUAUACUGGUUAUUGUCCGCAAUAUCGAUUUAGACAUGGUGAAACAUAUGCAAAAACUACACAUAAAUUAUUACUCGAUCCUACAAUUAACCAUGCAAAUACACUCAUUCUAUCGAAUCGUGUAAUCGACGAUUACGAGGCAUGGAGAGCGCUAAAAAGCGAUAUAAAUGUAGUUAAUAUUCGUUUUAAGAGGACCGAUCCUGUAUUCGUACACCCUAUGUUACCAGGGUAUGAAGGUUUCAUACCAGGAUCGAUCGCUAGAAUCGGACAGAGAUACACGGUGCUCGCGACCGAAGGACUUGCCGAUUUCGAACGGCAACAAUUACGAACUAAGGCAACAUUAAAUCAGUUGAGAAAAACGAUCGACGUACAAAGUGGACGAGCCGAACCGCGAAAUUUAGAGGAACGUUUGCUAAUUAAGAGCCAAUUUAAAUUACCCGUGCUAACUGUGCGACCUGAAUGCAUGGCGGCGACGAAUUCAUCAUUUAUCAUAGCUCUAUUCUGUAAAGGAUACGCGACUCAUGUUCCUCAUGGUUAUGCAUAUUUCGGAAAAUCAAUUGUUUCAUCGUAUGACAGUCUAUUACGCGAUUUUACAAGUUGUCGAGAGAGACAGAAUAUGGAAUACGAACCGAUGACAGUUAUUUCUCCUGAUCCACCGUUACUUAUCCAGCCUUCUGAGAUUUAUCAUAAACACGUAGGAAUGAUACCGAAUUAUCUCGGACAUAUUCCUGGAGCGAUAUUCAGAUGCGGUAAAACAUUCGGAGCAGACUCGACAGAUGCCAAAAAAUGGCUUCAAGGAGACUCCGACUUGUAA